UCACAGGUCUUUUCUUUGAAGCUUCUAAGGCUGCCUGUCGGUUUCUUUCGUUCGCUUCCUUCACGUCUUGAGUGAGUAGCCAUGAGCUGGGCUAUCGGAGCCCUGCGGGCCAGCCAGAGAGUGGGCGCUGUGAGAGCAAAUUUCCUGUGCCCGGGAAUGGCGCUUAGCCCCCGCCCGGCGGCAGGGGUCAGGGGCGCCUGGCCCAUCGCCCCCGCGUCCAAGAUGGCGACGGUCAAGUGUGAGCUUAUGAAGAAUUUCACUUCAGAGGAGCCUGUUCGUUGCAGUAAGAUCUCCAUUGUGGGAACUGGAUCGGUUGGCAUGGCCUGUGCUAUCAGCAUCCUCUUAAAAGGCUUAAGUGAUGAACUUGCGUUGGUGGAUGUUGAUGAAGGCAGACUGAAGGGUGAGACAAUGGAUCUUCAGCAUGGCAGCUCCUUCGUGAAAAUGCCAAACAUUGUUUCCAGCAAAGAUUACCUUGUCACUGCAAACUCCAACCUCGUGAUUAUCACAGCAGGUGCACGCCAGGAAAAAGGAGAAACACGCCUUAAUUUAGUCCAGCGAAAUGUGACCAUCUUCAAGUUAAUGAUUUCCAGUAUUGUUCAGUACAGCCCUCGCUGCAAACUGAUUGUUGUUUCCAAUCCAGUAGAUAUCUUAACCUACGUAGCCUGGAAGUUGAGUGAAUUUCCCCAGAACCGUAUUAUAGGAAGUGGUUGUAAUCUGGACACUGCCCGUUUCCGAUUCCUGAUCGGGCAGAGGCUUGGUAUCCAUUCUGAAAGCUGUCAUGGGUGGAUCCUUGGAGAGCAUGGAGACUCAAGUGUUCCUGUGUGGAGUGGAGUGAACAUCGCUGGUGUCCCUCUGAAGGAUCUGAACUUAGAUAUAGGAACGGAUAAAGAUCCUGAGCAGUGGAAAGAUGUUCACAGAGAUGUGGUUGCUAGUGCCUAUGAAAUUAUUAAAAUGAAAGGUUAUACUUCUUGGGCCAUUGGCCUGUCUGUAGCUGACUUAACAGAAAGUAUUUUGAAGAAUCUUAGGAGAGUGCAUCCAGUUUCCACCAGAAUUAAGGGUCUCUAUGGAAUAAAUGAAGAAGUAUUCCUCAGUGUUCCGUGUAUCCUGGGAGAGAGUGGUAUUACCGACCUUAUAAAAAUAAAGUUGGCCCCUGAAGAAGAGGCUCAUCUGCAGAAGAGUGCAAAAACACUUUGGGAAAUUCAAAAGGAGCUCAAGUUUUAAAGUUGUUUAAAGCUAUCAUUCUGAAGUCAUUGAAAAAAAGAUAGUAGUUACGGAGUUGUAUAUGUCCAGUUUUUGAAUAAACUUGAAUUCCUAAAAGUUG